AGACACUUGAAAUUACAACAGAUUAGAGAACAAAUGGAAGAACAGGAACAGCAAAAACAACAAGCAAAAGAAGAGAAAGAAAUUGCAGAAGCUCAACACAAACACAAACACCAUAGACAUCAUCAUCAUCGUCGUCAUCAUCAUGUCAGAUUUAAUAUUGACAGUGAUGAAGAUAACGAGACAUCAACCCCUGAAACUACUAUGAACAGCACAGAAUGA